AUGUUCGGAUAUAUUUUAGCAUGGUUAUGCUAAUUCAUAGAUAAGACUAUUACACUAAUACGUAAAAAGUUGAGACCGAAGAAGAAGUUUGAACUAGGACGUUACAAUUAAAUUCCAAGAUCGAAUUCAUUUUAAACUGGGAAAUUGAGAUUAUUGAUAGGAUUAGAAGGGACUCUUGUUUGUACAAGUCCCACUCCUAUUCCAGGAUGGGAUAAAAUCAAUAUUAAGUAAGAUGGUUGUAAUAUAAUUCUACAGAUUUCCUUCAGGACUCACCCAAGAUUUUUAUGUUAAACAUAGACCUUAUCUAGAUCAAUUUUUAUUGAGUGUGUCAUAAAUUUAUGAUGUCAGCAUUUAUACAACCCAAAUAUAAGACUUUGCUGCUCCAAUAAUUAAUCGGUUUUGUAUCCGAAUCAAGCAUAAUUUUUACAGAUAAAAGUAAAUUUUAUUUUUCACAUAGUCAUGUGUAAUAUCUCGUAAUAAAAUCACAAAGGAAAUUAAUAUGACAACACCUAAUCCUCAUAAUGUAAUAUUUGUGGAUUAUGAUGAGGAUUAAUGUUUAGGUAUAAAUUUUAGAAAUUUAUAAAAGCAAAUUCUGAGAAUGCUUAUCCAAUUUAAUAAUAUAAUGGUUAAGACAAUGAUACUGAAUUAUUGAAAUUGAAAGAUUUCUUAAUACAAGCAGAAUCAUACAUGAAAGUUCGUAAAGAACAGGAUCCUAGUGUUACAAUUUAAGACAUAUUGUUAGAAAUGACAGGAGAGGAUUGA